AUGUUUGCCAAUGUACAAGUUUAUUAUCAAGAUGAUCCUUAUAGUGAAGAGUUUAUGGACUACCAACAAUUCAAAAAAGAAGCUCAUAUCAUCAUUCAAGCUGAGUUGAAUAAAUCUGACAAGGAAAUUCUUCUUAGUACAUCUUCAUCCAGUGAUGGUAUUUUGAGAUAUCCUUUGGAAAGUUUGGAAAUCGAUGGAUAUACGUAUAAGAUUGGUAACUGGGUAUUGAUGAAGAAUCCGGCUGAUCCUGACAGACCAAUUGUUGGACAAAUUUUCCGUAUGUGGAGUACUGAAGAUGGUAAAAGAUAUUGUAACAUGUGUUGGUAUUAUCGUCCUGAACAGACAUGCCAUGCUGUGGAUAGAUUGUUCUUUAUGAAUGAAGUCUGUAAAACUGGACAAUAUAGAGAUCAUUUGGUUGAUGACAUUAUUGGACCAUGUUAUGUUAUUUUUUUAACUAGAUAUCAGAAGGGUGACUUACCGGAAGGUGUUAUUCCAGAAAAUGCACCUUGGUUUAUCUGUGAGUUUAGAUAUAAUGAAAACACUCAUCAUUUUAACCGUAUCAGAACUUGGAAAGCCUGUUUACCAGAUGAGGUGAGAGAUGAUCCUGAACAGCCAUUAGUUCCUUUGCCAGAAACAAGAAAAUUAAUCAAGUAUGACUCACCUAUCAAAGAUUUGUUAGCUCCCGACGCAAUUGAAGGCAUGGAAAUUCCUGACCCUAUUCCAGGUACUGCCAAUUCUCCACCACUUUCGGGAUCAGUUUUCAUUGAUGCCCCAUUACCUAAUGAUGAUUUGGGACAGUAUAUCAGUAGUCAGAAUGUUGUUGCCGUUCCCGAACACAAUGAUCCAAAGUCUAAUCGUCUUGCUUACUUGUUCACACCAAUUUCCCAAUUGAAAGGUGGUGGUGGUUCCACAAAUACCGUUUACGCUACUACUCCUGCACUUCCUCAUGGUAGUCCAAAUCAUGUACCUGCCAAACCAAUUACCGAUACACUUGGGUUAGCAGCUGCACGUAUCGCUGCAUCAACUGCAAACAAUCUUGCUCAUUCGAAUAAAAACAAUAUUAGUAAUGAUUCAACACUUUUACCUCGUGAAGCAGACAAACCGCAAUUUCCAGGAACUUAUAAACUGUUGCACGAACAGAUCCAGGAGAAUCAAGCAAAGAAGCAACAAGAACAACAGUUACAGCAAUUGCAACAUCAACAACACCAACAGUUGUUUAGAAAAGCCACCACUCCUACUCCAACCAGUAUUGUACCUACAGGAACAACCUAUCAUUCAUCUACAUCUUCAUAUUCUAACUUGCUCGAAGGAGGUACAUUAGCUUAUGGUUUACAAGAUGAUGAUGAUAGUUUGGGUGAUUUGAGUGAUCUCGUUAACAAGAGGAGAAAAGUUGGUCCAAAUGGUGAAGUAAGUGAAGAGGUUUUGUUCUAUAGAGCACCACCGGUGCAACUCAGUGGGAAUAAGAUUGUAACCAAUUCAAAUAUUGAAUUAGGUCAUUCUGCCAGCUAUUUGGCUUGGAAAUUGAACCAAAAGAAGUAA